GGUUACAGCCGAGGACGUGUGGGAGGUCUAUGAUAGAUUACAGAUUUUCAGUCCUCAGAAACGACGCAAACCCUUUUUAUUUAUGAAUUUGCAGAAGAAGGAGCUUCUUUAAUUCUGGAUUAGGCGCGUGGUUCAUUGUUUUCCACGACCACCACAUCCAUCUCAGCUUCUGCUUAUCUUUUCUCACUCUCUAUCUCCAACUUAUGUUUGAUACUGUCUGAACUAAAAACCCUAUCCACUCAUUUGCUCGAUCCCAUAUUUAAUGGCGUCUAUAUCUCGAUUUGUCGCCAAAGAUUGUAGAUUGUGGCCCUGUGAUGCCAUUUACAGGCCAAACACUUGUUUUACACCAAGAAGGUCUCAAACCGAUUUGCAUAUAAGAGGUGGGUUUUGUGUGCCCGAGAAUGAGAGACGUUUGGCAAUCCAAAAUAAGCCACGGAGUCCAAUUGCUGCUCUCUCAACCUCAUCCCCAAUUAUUCAACCCUCUCGGAAUUCAGAAGUUCUGUGCAAGGCAGCAACAAAUGUACCUGGAGAUUUUCCCAGUAGCAGCCCUAGUGGAAUGAGCCAAUUUGAGAGAAUAAUUGAAACAUUGACGACCCUUUUUCCUGUUUGGGUCAUAUUGGGUACCGUUAUUGGCAUCUAUAAGCCUGCUGCGGUAACUUGGUUAGAAACAGACCUUUUCACUGUUGGCUUGGGUUUCCUGAUGCUUUCGAUGGGAUUGACAUUGAAAUUUGAAGAUUUCAGACGAUGUCUAAGGAACCCAUGGACUGUUGGUGUAGGAUUUCUUGCUCAAUACAUUAUAAAACCAGUUUUGGGCUUCUUUAUUGCAAUGACUCUAAAACUAUCUGCACCACUUGCAACUGGUCUUAUUUUGGUUUCUUGCUGCCCUGGAGGCCAGGCAUCAAAUGUUGCAACAUAUAUUUCAAAGGGAAAUGUAGCACUUUCAGUACUAAUGACAACGUGCUCAACUAUUGGGGCCAUUAUUAUGACACCACUUCUUACUAAGCUUCUUGCUGGUCAGCUUGUUCCUGUUGAUGCAGCGGGCCUGGCCAUCAGCACUUUUCAGGUUGUUUUAGUGCCAACAAUUAUCGGAGUGUUGACUAAUGAGUUCUUCCCCAAAUUCACUUCGAAAAUAGUCACAAUCACGCCUUUAAUUGGAGUUAUCCUUACCACCCUUCUUUGUGCAAGCCCUAUUGGCCAAGUUUCAGAAGUCUUGAAAACUCAGGGAGCACAAUUAUUACUUCCAGUGGCCCUCCUACACGGUGCAGCAUUUGCUCUCGGUUAUUUUAUUUCAAAAAUAUCAUUUGGUGAAUCAACUUCUCGGACCAUUUCCAUAGAAUGCGGGAUGCAGAGCUCUGCACUUGGAUUUUUACUUGCCCAAAAACAUUUCACCAACCCUCUUGUAGCUGUUCCUUCUGCUGUAAGCGUUGUCUGCAUGGCGCUUGGUGGGAGUGCUCUAGCAGUCUUUUGGAGGAACAUGCCAAUUCCCGUUGACGACAAGGAUGACUUCAAGGAGUAGGAAGUUUUAGUCUUUCUUCUCGGUGCCAUUUUCUUUAGGCUGCUGUUAGUUUUAGGUACAUUAGCUACUCAUUUUACAACAAAUAAGAUAGUUAUGGGGUUUUAUGUCAAUUUUUUUUUUCAGUUAUUGCCAAAAAUUGAAAGUAGAUGUGGUUUUAUGCAGUUUGCCCUAAUAAAAACAACAAAGUUAUAAUCAAUAAACUCGUCUCUUCUUACA